AUGGGUCCGUUUACAGAUAAAGAUGAGCUCCACGAUUAUCUCUUAAGUCCUGCCUCUGGACACAGCUUCGAUUCAACUGCAGAUUAUGUUCAAGGUUUGGCACAAGCAAAUGACAUUCGUAAUUACUCCCACCGGGUUACUUUCACUCAUGGUGACUUUAAGGCUCAUAAUAUUCUUGUCGGAGAUGAUGGUCAUUUGUCGGCUUUUCUUGAUUGGGAGUCUGCUGGCUGGUAUCCCGAACACUGGGAUUUCACGACUGCAAUGAGAUAUGGAAAGGGCAGCUGGUGGUAUCAGGUGGCUUCGUGGAUGGGUAGGGACCAGUACGAUGGGGAGUUAGCUUGUGAUAUUGCGCUCAACUCAUUGACGGUUGACUCGUAUAUAGCUUUCUGA